AUGGACGCGCACAAAUACAAUGGUCUCCAACGGCUACGAAAGUUCUCCGUCAGUAUGUUCAAGGGGUGGGCUGGCACCAACAACACCGAGCGUGUCAACACACCGCCACAAAUUAGCAGUCCAGAUCAACGCUGGCGCCAUAACGCCCACCCACAACCGAACACACCGUCGGGUACUCAUUUGGGCAUUAGCAACGUGCCGCACGCACAGCAACCCGCCGCAGGCAGUCGCAGUGUGCCUGUAUCGCCCGAGACGCCCAGACGAACCAAUGAGAUUGGGUUGGGGGACCCGUUGCAGAGGAAUGAGUUGGUGGCGAAGCCGUCCAAUAUGCUGGCGUCGCUCAGGGGUAAGAAGGUGAGUAGCAAGCAUCCGAACGAUGCGCACAUGAGCGGAGUGGACCGACUCAGCAAACACACGCUGCUCAGUGCCACGAGUAGCGCCACUACUUUCGGUCCCAGGGAACUGCCCGAAGGAUCGGUUAGCAAGACUAGGCCUGCCCUAUUGCCCAGCGGGGGGUACUAAGGGACAGUGGGGUAUUGGGGCGUGUUUUCUUAUCUACUGAAAUUAUCAGCCAGAGGCGCGCAAAUAACUUUUCUCAGGUGAUCUGGGAAGCGUAACGGAUACGCUGAGAGCUAACCGUGGCAAUUGGUAGGUGAACUAUACACCUACCGAAUGUAUGGGGUUUGAUUGAGGGAGAUACGUUGAAGCAAGCGCUUUAUCCAAUGGUGUAUGCCCACGUGUGUAAACCAUAAUAGUUCUAGUAUCUGUUGAGAUGCACAUGCAUGGCACCGUGACAAAGAUUCC